UACUUUUUUCCCGCAGUCUCUGGUCAUCUCCUGUACUAUGUCUACAGUCUCUGGUCAUCUCCUGUACUGUCCGCAGUCUCUGGUCAUCUCCUGUACUGUGUCCGCAGUCUCUGGUCAUCCCUGUACUGUGUCUGCAGUCUCUGGUCAUCUCCUGUACUGUGUCUGCAGUCUCUGGUCAUCUCCUGUACUGUGUCUUGCAGUCUCUGGUCAUCUCCUGUACUGUUUCUGCAGUCUCUGGUCAUCUCCUGUACUGUGUCUGCAGUCUCUGGUCAUCUCCUGUACUAUGUCUACAGUCUCUGGUCAUCUCCUGUACUGUCCGCAGUCUCUGGUCAUCUCCUGUACUGUGUCUGCAGUCUCUGGUCAUCUCCUGUACUGUUUCUGCAGUCUCUGGUCAUCUCCUGUACUGUUUCUGCAGUCUCUGGUCAUCUCCUGUACUGUGUCUGCAGUCACCAUUGGU